AUGCAGGGCCUACAUCUGUCAGCCCGAAGCCUGCGCUGGGGACAGGGAGAUGCAGCAGAACCAGCCGCUACGAUAGAAAGCAACGAGCCCUUUAUCGCCCACUCGCCGCUCUGGGUCAUCAUUGUGCGGGGGAUCCAGAUACUGCUGACAUUUGUCAUUGUCAUUCUGGCGGACCUGCUCAUCAAGGGCAAGGCACUUGACCAAAAUGUCUUCGCCUUGGUCUCGUCCCUCUUCACCUGGAUCAUGGUCGCGUACGUGCUGGUAGCGGAGAAAGUGCGCUCGGCGCGCAAUGGGUACAACAUCUGGGCGGUCCUGUCCCUCGACUCGCUGAUGGCCCUCUUCUGGCUGGCAUCCAUGGGUGCCAACGCCGCGCUGUGGGCCACGUUCAACGCCUCGUGCGAGGUGGAGAGCCGGUCGAUCGAAAAGCGAGGCACCAUUGUCACCAAAAAGGGCCUCGAGUCCAUGAGUGCCAUUGCCGGGCUGAGCGGACUCUUGACGCAAGUCAUCUUGUUUAUCGCCGUCAUCGUCUUUGAAGCGCGCGCCUUCCUCAAGUCCGGCAAAUCGAACAAGCCACUGGGAGACAACGUGCUCGUCGAAAUGAAGGCCCCGAUGCUGGACGCAGACCUAGCGGCUGCAGGUGUCGUCCACCCACAAUACACGGACGAGCAGGCGUACCAGCCGCAGGUCUACCAGCAGCAGGCGCCGGCGUACCCGACCAGCGCCUACGGUCAGCAGCAGCAGCAGCAGCAGCAGCAGCCCACGCCAUACCAAGCGUAUCCAGACCCAGCACAGACCCAGCAGUAUCAACACCACGGAGCACCGGCGGGACAGCCGUACUAA